AGUGACCGGUUCAGUCACUGAGAUCGUUGAGCCAUGUCGGCCUUAGCCCCGCUUCCCCUAGCGCUCACUCGGGGGGCACUCCCGUACCAAGGCGUUGCGCUUGGACCUGAAGCGCGUUCUUGGCCAAGGGCCGGGGGAAGAACGGCGCGUGCAGUUUGCAUUUCAGCUACCUGCAUGGCGGUGUGUGCUGCGCAGCGAGCGCACAGACGCAAGGCGACCACUUUGCGUGCCAAGGAAGGUCGCUACAAAAGCCUGGAGGCCUUUCUGGCGGCACAGCGAGGGUCUUCCCCCGCCACGGACCCCCUGGGCGGACCGAUGACCUCGUACAAUGACGGCCCCGCGGACUUGCUGUUCAUCGCCAUUUUUCGCCAGGUCAUGUCCGGCGUCGCUGGAUGGCAAUCCCCCUUGGCAUUCUGGGGCCAGGAGGCCUACGACGGCAUGCUAGAAGUCGCUCACGCCCAGCAGUGGGGGAAGACUCUGCAGGAGACAGAGGACUCGGCUGUGUCAGUGAUUGACAACUUGCUGCCAGAGGAGGGCAAGGCUCGCUUUCGCACCGCGUUGAAGCCGGACAAGUUCGGCACGGAGCUGAAUGCCUUCAUCACGGCAGUGUUCUUCCCCUUCAUGGUGGGCAAGUGUGAGGUUGAGGAGCGAACGCAGCAGGAUUUGCCGCAAAUACCAGAGGCGGAGGCCUGGAAUUGUGCAGUGAAGAUCGAGAAGUGCCGCUGGCUUGAAAGGAGCGGCUGCGUAGGGAUGUGCGCGGGCCUGUGCAAGCGGCCAAUGCAGCGCAUGUUCGGGGAGGUUCUAGGGAUGCCCCUGUCCAUGGAGCCGAGCAUGGAGGACCUCAGUUGCACGAUGGUCUUCGGCAAAGAACCUACCAAAUGGGACCAGGACGACUUGCGGGAGCAACCUUGCUUCAGUACCUGCGCAACUGCAAGCAAUGGAGAAGAAGAUCUCAGCAACGCUUUCAUCGAUCCAGACUUCCCACUUUCAGCGCCAAGCAUCACAACUUUCCGGAGGCGGACAUGAGGUAGUUGUCGCUGCAAUUGAAGCUGCUCUGAAUCCAUUAGCCUUCAUGUUGCUGGUGAGGCAACUGGCCCAACGAUUCUAUAAGUCUGGCAAAACCUCAGGGGUGUGUCAGUCAAAACGUUGAACGCCCAGCUCUCCAUGCCGCCGCAGAGCUUGGCUGGCCUUUUCCAGCAACCCCAAUCUCCUCACCCGGGGGUGCGCACACAGCCGCAUCCUGUCUUGACAGCGGCGCGCACUUGUCGACCACCUUCACCCACUCCUUCUCGAUGUACUUGCCAUCCUUGCGGUUGAGCAAAGGCAGCUAUGGAAGCCAGCAGGUGGCAAUCUCCA